CGAAUUUCUUCAGUGUUAUCGAAUCGUUGACCCCUGAACGCCUGUUUCAUCACCGUACUAUUGUGAAGUUUUGGACCGAUUAAGAACCGCGAUUAAGAACAAAAGAUCAGGUUUAUUGACGAAAGGAGUGUUCCUCAUCCACGAUAAUGCGCGGCCCCAUUCCGCUCGCGUAACUCAAGAGCAAUUGGAAAAAAAUUCAAAUGGACUGUGUUCGAGCAUCCUCCUUACUCCCCAGACCUCGUCCCUAGCGACUAUCAUUUAUUCGUGGUGAUGAAACAGGCGUUCGGCGGUCAACGAUUCGACAACAUUGAAGAAAUUCGUGACUCAGUUACAUCGUACUUCAAAAAGUUGGACGCUACGCACUUCGCGUUCGGAAUAGAGAAAAUCGUGCCACGCUAUGAAAAAUGCUUCGAACGUUAUGGCGAUUAUGUAGAGAAAAAAUAAAAUAAAACGAUGAUUACGAAAAUCACCUGGUUUUUUGUCCUAACUUUAUUUUUCCGCGAUUUCUAAGGCACUGAAACUUAUUUUUUGAACGACCCUCGUAUAUCGGGAAGAAAUUACUAAACAUUUUCUUUCCGUUUUUAAAGAAUUUGUACACUAACACAAUUUUUUGCCAGCUAAAUCAAUAGCGAAUUUAUUCAACCCUAUCAACCAACUUUCAUUUGAAAGCCUAUAAGGUUCCUGUAUGACCUUUCAAUACAGUGAACGUUUCAUACUGAAAAACGGCUUAAGUUUGAAGUUAAUUAGAGGAACUCUUAAUCGCAAAUUAUACCAGAAAUACAAAAUGCUAAGCGUACCCUCGAAAUGAACCAUUCACAACUUUCAUUCCUAAACUAUGAAGUUUAAGUUUGAAAAUGAUCCCAUCUCCAUGCUUCGGAUUUUUAUGAAGUUACAACAUUUCAAAAGCGACCCAAAAAUUUAGGCUUCGCACUCUGUUUCUCUAAUUGUUUUGUCAAGUGUAGAGUGGGAAUUGUGGGCUUCCAAGGGACGCUUCCAAAUUUUGAAGUUAGUUUGAAACCGUUUAACCGUUUGCAUUUUUAUUAUAUCUCCUGAAAGAGGCUCUUCAAAGUUGAAAUUGAUUAAAAAUUGUCUGCAGUUCACGGUUGGUUAGACAUGCUCCACAUUCCGACUUGAGCUCCGACCGAGCUAGAGGUCCGACGAGAAAUUCUCCGCCUGGCUAACAAAAGUCCGAUAGGUCUGACAUAACAAUAGAGGACUUUUCUUAACAUCAUUUUCUUAUUGUCCGAUCAAUGAGACCGGCGUGAAUCAAACGGAAAAGUCAGUGUCAGUUCCCAUAGACCGACGCUAGACUCAACGUGGUAAAUGAAUAGGCUCUAUAGUCAAUUAAAAGUGAAUGUGCUAAUGCCUAUUGAUAUUGGUUUUUUGUUCAGAAAAUUUGCUGUUAAGUCGAGGCGCGUGAAGGUAUUAUGAUUUUUUUGUUUCUUUCAUCUAAUAUUAGAAUAAAUAAGUUUCUGGGUUCGAUAAAUUUGAUUUCCAUUGAAAACCUAAGCAAAGACUUGGUAAAAAGGUUUGAUUUAAGGGGUGACACCUAAAACAACUGCCCCGGGUAUCACCCGGUCACACUACGCCACUGGGUGGACAGAAAUAAAAAUAUUAUAACAUAGCGAGGUUCUAGAAUAUUAACGAGAAACAAGGUCACUCCAAUACCUUUUAUCUAGAUACAACAUUUACCCGAAUGGUAAAUAAUACCAAAUGAGAAAGAAAUAAAUAUUUAAGAAAAGGUUGAAAUUUUGGUAAUUGUUCCAAUAAUAAAUUAAAAUCCGUUGAACACAACACGAAAGAGGAGCUCCUUUAUUGAUUUUUGCAUUGAAAUAUGAAUGAUAUAUUUCAAAGCAAACAUUAACUGGGCAAACGUAAUACACCAGACAAACGUAUGCCGUCUGACGAUCGCCAACGGUCAGACUUAACUAAAGGAUCGUCUCCUAUGUUUAAAAUUAAUUGGGCAAUCGGUGGAACACAGGUUUGCCGGUGAGAGGCUGCCGCUUCCGGCGGCGGAUCGGCGGCCGACUCAUUAGUUGGAGACUUCGUCGCCAUUAAAUUGGGCUCAGAAUAAUUUUCAUUACGAAAAAACAAAAUUUAUAGUAAAAAUUACGCUGCGGUGGUGUUAAUAUCUAAGUACCAUAUUUUUUUCCUUCUGCCAAUUAUUUUCACAUUUCUAAGACGUUUAUGCUAUACAUUUUUAAUUUUAAAAUACCUGCUUAAUUUGCAUGUUAGGUACAUCAUUUUCAAAUUAACUCAUUACACUUUUUCAUUUUACUGCGUAUUUUUGUUGCUCUCUCAUGUUGUAUUGAUUAAAUCUCAUUUAUUAUCAGGAGACUCGACAAAACACAUAACCAGAUUUGUGGUUUUUUUUUUAUUUUUUUAUUCGGGUAAAUGUCGCAUUCGGGUAUUUGUCGCAUUCGGAUAUUUGUCGCAUUCGAGUAUUUGCCGCAUUCCGGUCACUGUCCAUUCGGGUAAAUGUCGCAUUCGGAUAUUUGUCACAUUCGAGUAAAUGUGCUUCAGGUAAAAAAUGUCAAGUGAACGUGUUUCGGGUGAAUGAAAUUCGGGUAAAUGUGACACAACCCACACAAACUUAUUUUAGUAUCAAUCGCAUUAUUUUGUUUUGCAAGCGCUGUAGUCAUGAUAUUUUGUGUAUUAUUGGCUAAAAAUAAAAUGGAAGAGCAAAAGCUUAAUGAGGAGAGAUGAUUGAUUUGUACAGAUGUAUUUUGUUGCAAAUAGUUAAAUCGUUUUUCAAUCGGCAUGAGAUUCUAUACUUCUUGAGAAUUUUCUUGAUAACAUUAUCAAGAUAAUUAAUCACCCGAGCGCGAUCAAAAGUUUCAUCAUCAUUUCAUUGUUUCAUCGUUUUCAUUUGAACGAUUUCGCGAGAUUACCAUAUAUUUAGUUUUACUUAUAUUGAAUUUCAUUAAACUUCAACUAUCUACUUAAAAAAUGCAAAUCUUUAUUUCAAUACAACACGCCCUGAUAUGAAUCAUUAGCUGCAAUGAAUAAUACAGAUUGGUAUCACAAAAUCGUAAAACUCGUAUCAUGCCAUUGCACAAUAGUCCAGGAGGGGCAUUUAAGUCGAAAUAAGCAGAUAUAAAUUAUCAAAGAUUUCUCCUACUAAAAUCGAUACGCCCUUUUCAAAAGUUACUUCAGUAAAAAAAAUCCCAAUUGCUGUGGAAAACUCAUAUUUCCUUCAACCCAAACGGAAUACAAACUUUCAUUCGAAUCAAAAAUACUCAUGUUUUGUCAUUUGUCGAUUUCUUUUGGAAUUGCUCAAUAAGGUCCAGCAAGAUGUAAUCGAUGACAUGAAAGCAAUCUUAAAUAUUUACUUCUAGCAUUAACAUUAUCCACUCCAGCCGUUUUUUUAAGAAAAAAAAGUUCUUAAUUCAUUAAAAGCAAUUGGGUGAACUGUUUUAUUUCAUCAGUUUCAUUGACCAGUUUAAUGGACUGAUUGAUCAAUGAAACACUAUUCGCGAAAUGAUCGUUAAACUCCGAUGCUAUAGCAUGUUCAAACUGUUCAAGUGUGCCGUAGAUGUGAUGAAUAGUGCUAUUUCCCUUACACUCGUAAGUGAAAUCAACUAUUGAAAACACGUCACAUUUUUCCCACACCUAAUAUAUACCCUCUUUAAAAAUAGAAUAAACUUAUCGUCAAAGUCAAAAUUUGAAUAAAACAUCCAAAAUGUCGUAUUUUUUAUUCAAGAGGUUGAAUUUGCAAGUUGCAAUAUUAUCACAAAUUUUCAUAGAACCACCCCAUAUUUAUGUUGGUGAUUAUUAUCUAACGUUUGCGAAUGGAAUGGCAAAACCCUGACAAAACCAGACAAACUCAAGGCGCUGUAGCUAUGACGGAAGGUGGUGAAAUAGUGUUGCGUUCUACUUGGAAGAAUGCAACUUUUUUCCAAGAUAUUGUCGCAAAGGAUUUAGGUCUUCAUCCCGGUGGAUUCGAAAUUGUGGCUCUCGAUGUAUCGGAUGCAGCGCUGAAAGAUGCCGGUUUCAUGUCAGUAAUUCAUCAAGUUUUGCUGAAGGUUAAACUAUCCGGAACCGGUGAACGCAAAGCGUUAUCCUAUGUCGUUAAGGAGAGAUCGAAAAACGAUUCCAAAGAUGAGGCAGAGGGUGAGUUGAUGGCCUUCAUAAGGGAGAUCGAAGUUUAUUCAAAAUUUCUUCCCGCAUUCGAACGGCUGUGGGAGAGUGAAGGUGUAAAAUUUGGACCGAGGAUGUUCAAGGUUGACGAUUCACAGAAUACUGUUCUCGUGAUGGAGGAUUUGAAAACAUCAGACUAUCGCAUGAGAGAUUGCAGGCAUGGACUGAAUUUGAAGGAAUGUGAACAGGUCUUGGAGAAGAUGGCAAAAUUUCAUGCGGCAUCGGUUGUGUACUUUGAGCAGAAUGGACCCUAUCCAGAUAGCCUCAAACAUGGAACGUUUUCCGCAGACUUGAUUGAGCGAAUCGAGACGCGCUAUGCUCUAUCAUUCGAUUCAUACCUGCAAGCAUUAGAAGAGUUGCAAAUUCCAGAAUACAUUUUAAAGGCACUUAAACCAUACAGAGGAAAACUUUACUCAUCUGUAUGCAAUAUUUUAAAUUCAAACGAUGGAGAGCUCAUAGUACUGAACCAUGGUGAUAUUUGGGUGAAUAAUCUACUAUUCAAUGAAAAUGAUAUCAUGUUGCUCGAUUAUCAAACAGCAUUUUUGGGAUCAUCUUGUUUCGAUUUGCUGUACUUCAUAAUCAACUCAGUUUCCGUUGUUGUGCGUACGGAAAGCUUCGAUUAUCUGAUCGACUUUUAUUAUAACCAUUUUGUUGAUGGACUCAGCAAGUUGAACGCCCAAACAACAGUGCCCAUAAAGGUAGAAUUCAUGAAAACUUUAAAAACUUACGGAAUUUUAGCCAUUGUUUGGACAAUGGAUGAUCUGGCAUUGGCACUUGCGGUAACGGAUAAGGAGUUGGACGUGAAACAAUUUUUUUCUGAGGGUCACAAGGGGGAAGAGUAUAGACAACAAGUGUACGGAAACGCACUGUUUGUUGAUAUGAUAAAACCACUGUUGCUUUUUCUGUGGGAACGGGAAUUUUUAAAAUAUAACGCUAACCUGUGCUGUAUCGAAUGACCGCUCAAGAAAAUAAAUAGUCAACUAA